AUGAAGCAAAUGGCUACAGAAAAUGACUCUUCAGUGUCUGAGUUUAUUCUUAUGGGACUGACAGACCAACCUGAGCUCCAGUUGCCUCUGUUUGCUCUCUUUUUGCUGAACUACACAGCCACAAUGGUAGGAAACUUGACUUUAAUGAGUCUCAUUUUCUUGAAUUCAAACCUUCACACCCCCAUGUACUUCUUCAUCUUCAAUCUGUCCUUCAUUGAUUUUUGUUAUUCAUUUGUCUUUACCCCCAAAAUGCUGAUGAAGUUUUUUUUAGAGAAGAACAACAUAUCCUUCAAAGGAUGCAUGACUCAGCUGUUUUUCUUCUGCUUUUUUGUGAACACUGAGAGUUAUGUGCUGACAGCCAUGGCUUAUGAUCGUUAUGUGGCCAUCUGUAAGCCUUUACUAUACCAAGCUAUCAUGUUACCUAGAAUCUGUUGUCUUCUAAUGUUUAUGUCAUAUUUGAUGGGGUUUGCUAGUGCCAUGAUCCUCACAGGCUUAAUGUUUAGGCUCAACUUUUGCAAUAGCAACAUCAUCAAUCACUACAUGUGUGACAUUUUCCCUCUCCUUCGGAUCUCCUGCAGUGAUACCCAUCUCAAUGAGCGUGUGAGCUCUGCUGUGGUGGGUACAGCUAUCAUUUUAUGUAGCCUUCUUAUCUUAAUGUCUUAUGCUCUGAUCCUUUUCAAUAUCCUUAAUAUGUCCUCAGGUAAGGGUUGGUCCAAAGCCUUGGGCACUUGUGGAUCCCACAUCAUCACUGCUAGUCUCUUUUAUGGAUCUGGGCUGCUUGCUUAUGUUAAGCCAUCAUCUCCUGAGACUGUGGGCCAGGGAAAAUUUCUCACAGUGUUUUAUACAUGUCUGGUGCCUGUGCUGAAUCCUCUAAUAUACAGUCUCCCGAACAAAGAUGUAAAAAUUGCUAUGAAGAAAACCUUAAAGAGAAUCACAAGUUAA